AUGAAUCGUCAAGGCCCGCUUGGACUCUGGGGUAUCGUCCGCCAUGACGUUGUUUGGAUUCCUUCUCGAAGCACUCGUCUGACAGGGGGGACGGACGGGGGUUUAGGGCGAUGGAAAUGUUACAAUGCUAUUGUGCGCAGCAAUCUCUCUCGCAAGCGCGAGCCCCCGAAGGCCGUUGAUGACGGACCGUUUUCUAGCGCGUCUGUCAAGAACGGUCUUCUCUUCAUGGCCCAUGGGGAAAUAAAGGUUCCAGGCAGCUACGGAUGUCUUUGCUUCUGGUUGGGAACUUUGGGCUCGGCUUCCUCAGUAGGGACCGAGUCCGCAACGUACCUUUUGUGCGUUCCGGAUCGAUCGACGCACCACCGGCAAGUGUCUUCGGGAAGGGGGAGAGGCGAGGAGGAAGAUGAGCCGAACAAGUGCUUUGCAUCCUCGGCUUCUCGAAUGCCACUUGCCUCGUGGGAGAUUCUUUUCCCAGGUGGCUCUCUCCCGAAGCUCUCGCUCUCUGCCGAAGUUCUCGGAUGGGUGUCAGCUGAGCAGUUGGCAGAGCGGAGAGGACCUGAGUCUUACACUCUACGACCGAGGAGAUGGAGGGGCACCCGUAAGAUUGAGGAAGGUCCACGCUCGACGUUGAGGUUGCAGUUCCUACGGCCGAGGCAUCGUGGUAGGAGGGUGGGUGUGAGCUCCAAACUCAGCUCUUCCGCUUGGACCUCGGAGGAAAGGAGGCAGAAGACUGACCAACGAGAACGGUGA